GUAUAUAAGAAGGAACUGUGCCCACAUUCUGUUCUAACUACCAAGCUUGAACGCAUUUCUUCUUCAUUCGUAUAAUUUCAUUUCAAGUCCAAGAUGCCGCCGGCGUUGAAGUCAAGCAGACCACCGCUCCCGACGAUGAGAUCUCCGAUCCGUCUCCGAUCUCGCCCUCCGCUCAAGCCCACAACCAACACCUUUCUGCAAACUCCUCCACGUUCUAUAACAAGAUCCGAGUUGCCUAAACGCCGAUUGAACGGUGAGGAAUGCGGGGCCCUUCGUCCAGAAUACCACACCAUUUCCGCGGAACUCCGGGCACUGGCGAGGAUGGUGAACCAAGAAAUCGGCAACGAAGACGAAGCUGAUAAGGAAAAUCAUUCUCUGAACCCGGGAAGGCCUUUGUUCGAGAGGGGGAAAUUCUAUGAGGAGUACUCUGCGAGGAGGAAUGAGAGGUUGAAGAAGAGAAAGGGGGGCGAAACUGGGGAGGAGGAAGAGGAAAAGACAAGGCCGAUGAGUAGUAGUUACGGGCUGGGGGUGAGGGUAGAAUCGGCAAAGAAACGGGUGGUGCAAAGUGGGAGGAAGUCGGUUCCGGCGACUCCGAUGGUGGAGGAGCGUAGACAAACUCUGACUCCGGCGCCGACGUCAAGGUAUAUGCUAAGGAGUAGGAAGGGAAGGGACGAUAAGAAGCCGCUGCCUGCUUUGACGAGUAGUACCGCUGAGAGGAGAUCGAAGCGUUGUUAGAAUUUCAAGCUGGAAACUUUGAUUCUAGCUUUCAAGUAAAACUCUCUGGUUCUGCUUUAAUUACCUCUUCUUCUUCUUUCAACUCCUGGGAUCUCUGUUUUGUUGGUUGAUACUGUAAUUGGUUGCUGAUUUUUGAGAUUUCUGGAGCCCAUAACAUACAUACAUUGAAAAGGCUGCCUGCUAUAUUCUUAUGCCCUGGUUAUGUAAUUAACCAGGCAGGUCUCAAUCCAACUUCGACAAACAAGUUACUUUUGUAUUGUGUUCAUUGGGCAAACACCUAUGAUGGCUAAAAAUGAUCUUACCAAUAUAUAUUCAUUUGAGUGAUGCUAAUUGCUAAA